CACAAGAUCUACAGUGUCUGAUUCCUCAGGUGAACAUGACUUCUCACCGUACUCUAUUCUUUAAAGAAAGAAACAAAAUGUUUUAAUUGUUGUUUUUCUCAGAACAAUAACCUGUUGAUUUCGAUCAAGCCAAGCUCGAAUUGCAGCACUGUGCGUCCGGAAUCCAAUCGGAUCCAUCAUCUUCUGGUCAGCGAGAUUCUUACGCCAUUGUCGUUUAUCGUACGUGCAUUAUACUGCUUCUGGUAGAUUCGAUUUGGUUCCCACGUGGUCAAAAUAACACGUGAGGAAUGAUUGAUCGGUAAUUUUUUGGCGGAGCGGCCUUCGUCAACGGUCAACCCCCAAAACCUUCGACGUGGCCGUCCACCAGCUUAUAACACAGUCAAAAACCAUUAAACGGAGGAAUCUAUGAUACGCGGCCAACCGUGGGAAAUCCGAGAGGACAGAAGACUCUACAUUAUUGUGGUCAAAAUCUGUCAUAGGAACCCGAAUUCCCAUCUCUCUGUUGCAAGGUAAAGGUAGUAGCAUCAUUUGGUUCCCGGAAGUGGAUUGAGGCCUAACAAGUACAACAAAAAUUAUAGCUCUUCUUCCCGUGUCCAUGUUAAACAUGAGAAAACCCACGAAAACCGGUCAAAAAUAAGUCAAUUCUGACUGCAAGGACUAUGCCACCUCGGAUGCCACUAUCUACGAUCCAAAAUGCUCCUCCACGUAGACCCAUUCCGCUUCUCUCCCCCUUGCUCUCCUCUACCCGUUUGGUCUUAACGUUUUGACUUCGCGUCCAUAUACAAUUUUAAUCUGCGGUCAAACCCCCCCCCCACGCUCAAGAAAGUCAACCCAUACUCCGUAUGGUUGACCUUCGAGAGUUGUCGUCGAGCAUAAAUAGCCGCGUUCGUUCCACGACUGGAGCACCACACCGUUCACCAGUUGGUCGGCGAGAUGAGCAGAGCCGGAGCGGAGCCGAGCGAGGAGAGAAGGUACAAGGGGGUGCGCCGCCGGCGAUGGGGCAAAUGGGUGUCGGAGAUUCGCGUGCCGGGGUCCAGGGAGCGCCUGUGGCUGGGUUCCUUCUCCACCCCGGAGGCUGCCGCCGUCGCCCACGACACCGCCGUGUUCUUCCUCCGCGGCCCCGACGGUUCCCGCGGCGGCUUCAACUUUCCCGACCGCGUCUCCACCUUCGCCUGGGCCAACUUGUCGCCGCCGUCGGUGCAGAGGGUGGCGUCCGAGUCCGGCAUGGACGUUGAUGCUCGGUUAGCCGUUCACGCACCGGAGGCACAACCGAGGCCGGAGGUUGUGCUCGUAGACAACACAAGAACUUGGGAAGAGGGAGGAGAACAUGGCUUGUACAGGGUGGGGGAUGAGCUUGUUGGAGACAUCUGCUUUGAUGCCUUGGAGAUGCAUAUCCCAGCUCAGAAUGACUACAGAUAUUGAGGGACUGAGAUGCUUCUACUCUCAGGAUUCGAGGAGGAAAUAAUCUCACAUAAGAAACAGGGUUUACA